AUGCAACGUUCAAAAAAACCCGGGGAUGAUCUUCCCGGAUUUGAAGCUCCAUUAAACGACGAUGUGCCAGAUAGUAAUUCUUUGCCCCAGAAAAAACAGAAGAAAGGGUCCGGAGGGUUUCAAUCGAUGGGGUUUAGUUUUCCUAUCUUGAAAGGAAUUACUAAAAGGGGUUACAAACAGCCUACACCCAUCCAACGUAAGACAAUUCCUAUUGCAUUAGAAAAUAAAGAUGUUGUGGCUAUGGCUCGCACAGGAUCUGGUAAAACCGCUUGUUUCGUACUGCCAAUUCUUGAGAAACUAGUUUCUCCGGUAAACAAGCCUUUACAAGGGAAAAAUUUAAGAGCAUUAAUUUUAUCUCCAACAAGGGAAUUGGCUUUACAGACAUUGAGAUUUGUUCGUGAACUGGGAAAAUUUACUGGCCUCAGUUCAGCUGCAAUUCUUGGUGGUGAAUCUAUAGAACAACAGUUUGGAGUUAUGUCAGGCUCAACUCCAGACAUAGUGGUUGCAACACCAGGUCGAUUUCUACACAUAUGUAUUGAGAUGAACUUUAAGUUGGAUAACAUAAAAAUCAUUGUUUUUGAUGAAGCUGACAGAUUAUUUGAACUUGGUUUUGGAGAGCAACUUCAAGAAAUAGUUGCUAGGUUACCAUCGAGUCGACAAACCCUUUUGUUUUCGGCAACUCUACCUAAAAUGCUGGUGGAAUUUGCCCGUGCAGGACUUAGUGACCCUGUCCUUAUAAGAUUGGAUGUAGAUUGGAAAUUACCUUCGACAUUGUGGCUUGGCUGGAUCUAUGUGAGGGCAGAAUUAAAAACUGCAGCUUUAUUAUUCCUCUUAGAUAGAGUGUUAACUCCAACUACACCCCAAGCUGUAGUUUUUGCUGCAACAAAACAUCAUGUUGAAUAUUUGCAUUUGAUAUUAAAGCAAGCUGGUAUAACAUCUACUUAUGCAUACUCAGGAUUAGAUCCCUCAGCUCGUAAGAUAGCUCUUGGAAAGUUUACAAACAAAAAGUGUUCUGUACUAUUGGUUACUGAUGUGGCAGCAAGAGGGUUGGACUUGCCAUCUUUAGAUACCGUCAUUAAUUAUAACUUUCCUGCCAAACCUAAAUUAUUUGUACAUAGAGUUGGUCGAAGUGCGCGCGCGGGGCGAGCCGGUCGCGCUCUGUCUCUAGUGUCAGCGGAGGAUGUGGCACAUCUGCUUGACUUGCACCUGUUCCUCGGAGCGCAGCUACUCAAUCCAAAUGAGGUAACAAAAUAUGGCGAUGAAUGUCCUUCUGGCGUGUGGGGCUGCGUGCCCACCUCCGCAAUCGAACUGCGCCAUCAAGAUGUCAUGGCAUGGGAGAAAAAUUAUUCUGAAAUAGAAGACGCAGCCCGCGUGUGCGCGCGCGGCUGGCAACAGUACGUGCGCUGGCGCGAGGCGGCGUCGGCGGACGCCAACCGCAAGGCGAAGGCCACGCCGCCGCCCGCCGCCGCGCACCCCUUCCUCGGCGCCGCGCCCGACUCCGCCGCCGCCAUGGUGGAUAUCAUCAAGAAUUAUACGCCUAAAGGGACGAUUCUGGAAUUAGGUGGAAAGAACGACUCACCUAUGUACUUGGCAAUGAAAGCUAAGCGUCGGGUACACGGGAAAACUGUGCAAAAGAAGCGAGAUAAUGUAAACGGAGACGAAUUAUUUGAACAAAAUGUAAAGGAAAAUACGAACGCUGACAAUACAACAACUUCUAAGAAGAAGAAAAAGGCUGUAGAGCGCGAUGAAAACUAUAUUCCGCAUUUUGCCAGCGACCAACAUACUGAAGCCGGCAUGGCGGUGAACUUCGCGGCGGGCGCGUCGUCCGCGGAACUAGAGCUGGGUGGCGACAGCGCGGCGGGGGCGCGCGCGCGCCGCGCCGCACUGCGCUGGGACCGCAAGCGCAAGCGCAUGGUGCACGUCGACCCGGACGGCGGUCGCAAGAUGAUCCGCACGGAGAGCGGCGGGCGCGUGCCGGCGUCCUACCGCAGCGGGCGCUACGACGCGUGGCGCGCGCGCAACCAGCCCGCCGACGGCGACGACCGACACGCCAAUGCUCCCAAGCCACCAUUCGAGUUCCGUCCCCGCUGGGUGAAACACAACGAGCGCGUUUCUAAGAAGAAGGCGGAAGCAUCUUCUAAGGAGUUCCGCGACAAGCAACAGAUAGUGAAAGAGCGCUUACGCAAAGAUAAGAUAAAGCAAAAGCUUAAAUUUAAAAUGCGUAAAAAAGGGAAAAAGAAG